AUGAACGCAUACACCAUAUCCGAAGGCUCAAUCCUUGCUUCACUUUACACUAGUUCUUCAUUGGAAGAGUUUGGCACCAGUGAUGUAAUGGCCCUCGGUUGCAGCAAAGGCUGUCAACAAAAAGAGCACCAAUGGCUUCCUCCACCAAUACCCUAUCUCUAUUCAUCCUCUUCUUCUUCUUCUUCUCUUCAUCAGUUUUCACUCACACAAUCCCAAGCCCCACCUCCAAUCACUCAAGGCCUCUCUUUCACUUUCUAUGAUUCCAAAUGCCCCAAACUUGAAUCCAUUAUCAGAAACAACCUAAAGAAAGCUUUCAAGAAGGACAUUGGCCUUGCUGCUGGUCUUCUCCGUGUCCACUUCCAUGACUGUUUCGUUCAGGGAUGUGAUGGUUCGGUGCUGUUGGAUGGAUCGGCGAGUGGUCCGAGUGAGAAGGAUGCACCGCCGAACCUGACGCUAAGGCCGUCGGCGUUCAAGGCCAUCAACGAUCUUCGCGCGGCCAUUGAUAAGAAAUGCGGCCGAGUUGUCUCAUGCGCUGAUGUUGCUGCUCUCGCUGCCCGGGAUUCUGUUUUCUUGUCUGGUGGGCCGGAUUACAAAGUGCCAUUGGGCCGCCGCGAUGGGCUAAGUUUCGCAACCCGAGAAGCCACCUUGGCCUCUCUCCCGGCCCCAACCUCAAACGUCAGCGUCCUCCUCAACGCCCUCUCCAAACUCAACCUCAACGCCGACGACCUCGUCGCUCUCUCCGGCGGCCACACCAUCGGCAUCGGCCACUGCUCCUCCUUCUCCAACCGCCUCUACCCAUCCCGCGACUCCACCAUGGAUCAAUCCUUCGCCAAAAACCUCUACUCAACUUGCCCCACCUCCACCUCCUCCAACACCACCGUGCUCGAUCUCCGUUCGCCGAACGCAUUCGAUAACAAUUACUAUGUUGAUCUGGUGAACCGGCAGGGGCUUUUCACUUCGGAUCAAGAUUUGUACAGUGAUGCGAGGACGAGAGAGAUUGUGAAGAGGUUUGCGGGUGAUGAAAGGUUGUUUUUUGAGAGGUUUGCGGCGUCGAUGGUGAAGAUGGGGCAGUUGAGUGUGUUGACUGGGAAGCAAGGUGAGAUUAGGGAGAAUUGUUCGGUGAGGAAUGGCCGGAAGGUUGAUGGUGGUGAUGAUGAUGAUGAAGAAGGGAUUUGGUCUCUUGUUGAUGAUGAAGUGGUUCAGAGCUUGGCUUUUGAGUAAUUUGUUUUUGGUGGUGUUUUUGUCUUCUUUUGGUUCGGUUUAGUGUUUUUGAGUUUUGAGUAAAGUUUGUUGUUGAGAACUUGUGGUUGGUUGAGUUUGGGUAUUGGAAUAAAUUGUGUUGGUGUAACUAGUGUGAUCUUUUCUUAUAUGCUAAUUAGGCUAUCAAUGCUUCAGCAUUUCUCACUUUGAGUUGUAUGUAAUAUGCUUGAUGAAUCUAUCAUUUGUGAUUCAUCA